UACACUCGUCGAGUAAAAGGUGUAGCACGAUUUAUGCGGUUAUUUAAUUCUAAUUUACUUAAGACAUUUUAUAAAUCCCUGUGAUGAAUUGUAACCGUUUAAUAUCGAUAUUUCCCGUAUUUACUGUAAUGAUUCUCUUGCAUUCGGUAUCGUGAACAGCACGCUUUCGUCUAGCGUUGAUGCAAAGUAACAAGGGGUAGAAUAAGUACGAUAAAUGUAAAAAAUAUUCCCAUGCCGAGAAUUACCGCAAUAUGUUCGUGGAAAACUUAGAAAGAAGUUUCUAUCGUUCGAUAAGGGACGACAGAUGCCUACUACUUGUUAACUUUGAUGUCGAUGCCAUUUGUGCCUGCAGAAUUUUGCAACAGCUUUUUAAAAAUGAUAACAUGAUAUAUACUCUAGUACCUGUACAAGGUAUACAGGAUAUGGUUCGUGCCUUUAAUGAAAAUUGCGAAGAGAUAAAAAAUGUUAUCUUGAUAAAUUGUGGCGGUACAUUAGACUUAGUGGAAUUGCUACAACCUGCAGAAUCUGUGAUAUUUUAUAUUCUUGAUAGUCAUAGACCUUAUGAUUUAUGUAACAUAUAUUCGGAAAGUCAAGUACGUAUACUUGGUAAAGCCGACGAAGAUGAGGAGAUUCCAGAAUACAAGGAAGUUUUCAGAGAUGAUUCGUCUGACGAGGAUGAUACAGAUGAAGAGUUAGAAAAUGAUGAAUCUCAGACAAAAAGACGAAGAUUAAACGAGGAUGAUAUUAUUAAAAAAGCAGAGCGAAGACAGUGGUCAGAAAACAGGGCAACUAUUUUAUUCAAUUAUACACAGUACAGCUACUAUGGCAAAUCGAGUGCAAUGCUUGUUUUUGAAAUGGCCUGGCACAUGUCAAAAGACAAUUUAGAUAUGGUUUGGUGGGCUAUAGUUGGUUGUACCGAACAAGCCAUUCUUAAUAAGGUAGAAUCGCGGUUGAGCGUUCUUGACGAAGGUGCUCUUCAAUCUCACGUAUCCCGAUUAACGCACAAGCAAGGAGGCGAAGUCGAUGCAGAGCAGCAACAACAGCAGAGUAUAAUCCGAAUCACUUAUGCUAAAGACCUUACACUUGCAUUGUAUCGACAUUGGACCGUGGAGGCUAGUUUAAGACACUCAGUACCAACCGCAGUGUCGCUAAAACUUUGGUCAAUCAGAGGGGAACAACGAUUGAAGGAACUUCUGGCAGAAAUGGGUUUACCUCUGGAACAGUCGAGACAACGAUUUUCCGCCAUGGAUCUUGUACUGCGGCAAGAAUUUCGACAAAUGGUUGAAAAGUUAGCGGGAAAAUACAAAGUAGACACGAUUAUCGGGACAAGUUUUACCCUUCAGUAUGGUUACAAGUUUAAAUACUGUGCCUCGGACAUAGUUUAUUCUAUGCUCGCCGUACUCGAAUCUUCCUCGAAAGAAAAGUUGCCGCAGCGUUGUUUUUUGGAUGCUCUCGACUGUUUAUCGCGGACGAAAAAAAAUAUUUUAGAAAGCGGCGUAGAGAAGGCAAAAAUCAUGCUUAGUAGUAUUUUUAAGACUGCGCAAAGUAUUUUACAAAUGAAGCAUAUCAGAAGCGCUGGUUCGUUUCUUUACAUAAUCAUCCCCGAUGGAAGUGCUGACAAUUAUAUAUUCAUGCAUCCGCAUCCAUUGGUGAUGCUAGCUCAAUUUAUUCUGAAGGCUUACGUAGAUUCUUCGAAAAACAGACGAGCACCAGAAUGGCCACUUGUAGUUUCUUCGAUAUGUAACCCGGAUAAUGGUACGUGUCUUAUGGUUGGUAUACCGCCAGCAUGCGAAGAUCAGCCACGAAGUCUAUUUGGAAGAGCCUUCGAACAAGCGGCUAAAAACACAAAUUGUAACAUAGAAGCAGACUACUUUGAUACAACAAUAAUAAGACUGAAAAUCGAGGAAAGAGCAAAAUUUUUGGAUGCUUUGGCAGCUCUCCUAGCAUAAAAUAGUUUUUAGCGAUUUAUUUGACAUGUAAAAAUAAAAUUUGCCCGCCUAUUAUUUAUUUUAUAGACAAAACAGUACAAACAAUGACAGCAAAUGUCUUUUUAAAAAAACACGACGAUAGGAUGAAUCUAAUGUACUUUAUUUCCAUGCGACAUAUGUUGUAACUCUUCGAUAAACGCGAGUUGAUAACGCCCGUUUUAUUAUUAAUGACGCGUAGCUUUAAUUAUAUUGUAGAUAUGUGUAUAAAGUAGAAUAAUUGCGAUGUAUAUUGCGAAAUUUUCAUUAUCAUGUGAUGUAGCCCAUCGAAUUCCAGUUCUGUCGAUAAAAUUAAUAAGAAUCAAAAAAAAAAAAAAAAAUGACGGAAAAAACGCAUUUGGAGAAUGAAAUGUAA